UUCUUCUCUCACUUUCCAUUGCCUGUCCCCGGCGCGUACAGCAGCGACGUCGCAAACGCCCACGUCCAGCUGAGCAUGCAAAACGGCCUGACGAGCGCGCACGACCAGCCGUCCUCGUCUAGAGUCACGCCCCUUGCCCCGCUCGAGUACCUCCAGAACCAGCGCCGCGGUUCCAUCACAGACCCGUCCCUCCACGCAGCUGCAGUCACAGCCAGCCCCAAGCAGGCAUACCAAUCCAUACGCUACCCAGACCACUCCCAGUCAGAUCCAAGAAAUAUGUCAGAACCGAGGCCCGCGCCAUCCUACGUCUUUGGCGACGCAACGCCCCGCGACGACCGCCAACAAGACCAGCACCCUUCCCAGGAUCCUAGAUCCAAGACUUCGACCCCCUCCGAGGGCUCGCGUGGAGACCAGCAGGCGUCCCAGUCUCGUCCAGACUAUCCUUCCAGGCGCCCUUCAGCUGCCGACGCCCAUCCGCCCCAGGGAACAAAGCGCAAAAUGUCCGGAGACCGCAGUCCGCACCCCGGAAACGGAGAGAUCGACCCCCAGUUGGUCGGCCCUGGUGGCAUAACCCCUAUGGACGUCGACCCCGACGCGCCCGCAGCCAAGCGCCGCGGCUCCGCCGUCGACGCGCGCAUCGGUCAGCUCAACCUCAAUGACCGGCGGGGAUCGACUGCCGAGGCGCGCCCAUGGUGGGCGGGCGAAAGGCGCGACUCGGCGCCAAGCGUAUAUGCGCCUGGUGUGUCGAGCGGCAGCACAUACACGCUUCCUGUCGCCGGCCAGCAGUACCCUUGGGCGCCGCCGCCCGGCCAGGAGCAGCCGCCUCCGGGCACGGCUCAUCCCCAACAAGCCCCUGAAGGAUCACCACAGGCUGGAGGGCCACCCGUACAUUCUCAAGCGGUUCAUCCCGCUCACGCUACGCACCUUACCCACCCGCAUAUGAUGAUGCAGCCCGUGUAUACUGCCGACAGGCGUAUGUCGAUGCCCGAGUCAACGACGGAGCGCGUGCUGCGUUCGCGUCAGCGCGGCUCGCAGGACGGUUUCUCGCCUGCGGAGGCUGAAGCUGCCAAUGCACUCAAUAAUAGGCCCAAGGAUCCCAAUACGACGCCGUACUCGCGCUCGCCUGAGCUGCGCGUCUCGCACAAGCUUGCUGAGCGCAAGCGUCGAAAGGAGAUGAAAGAACUGUUCGAUGAGCUCCGGGACCAGCUUCCCGCCGAUCGCGGAAUGAAGGCAAGCAAGUGGGAAAUACUCAGCAAGGCGAUCGACUUUGUCCAGCAGAUGAAGCAGACCCAGGCGGACAUGGCGAGGGAGAUGGAGCUCAUGCGGCAGGAGAUCGAUGCCAUGCGCGGUGGUGGGCAGCCGCCUCCGCAUGCUGCCCAGUACCAGGCGCAACCGCCGCCGCAUGUCAUCUACGGGCAGCCUGGUAUGCCCCCUUACGUGGCAGGCGCCCCGGCCCCUGCGACUGCUGUCCAGGCGCAGCCCAUUGGUAGCGCCCCUCCCCAGUCGCAUACGCCUAUCUCGCGCCCUCCUUCGUCGCAGAACGGGUACGCGCCGUCGGGUCCUACACCCCCUGGCACUGCCGCCCCUCAACCAGCGAACGGUCGGGCGGACACUGUCCCCAGCCAGUAAAUGAUCCUUCACGUACUAGCAUGACCUCUACUCCUCUCUUCCUUGUCGUAUAUCGUGGCUUGGCUUCUUCUCCCAGGUCUGGCAUGCCGUUUUCGUGUUCUCUAUUAUUUGCGGUCCUACGUUCACUUGCGCGAAGUCGAGCCGAAUACCAAUUCUUUACCGUUUCGUGCUAGCUAGAACGUGAUGUGUAUACAUGUAGCAGUAUCGUUGAAUUCAUGUCCUUGACGUCGGCCAUAAA